UUUGAAAGCAACAAUGUUUUAGUUUAGAGGAUACAUCAAUAAGGAGCUGUUGAAAGCAUAAAAAACCUAAGAUAUAAGAAAAACAAGAAGACAGCGGAUGAAAAAAAUGACAACUUCGAAAAUUAAAUUAGGAAUUGUCGCUUUUAUUCUUUUGAUUUUUUCUCAAAGUAGUUUAUCCAUUAAGGCAAUUGGGACCAUACCUGUGAAGUUAUGCGCUCAGGAUCAUUCGAUUCUUUUCCAGCAUAUGGAAAUAUCUCUUUGCAGUUUAAUCAAUGAUGAAUUAUUGCAUAAUACUACUCAAGAUAAAACGAAUGUGCAGCUUGGAGAAAUAUGUGUUACAGACGAGCAAUGCUACAACUCAGGUGAUUUUCAAAAAUGUUUAAUGAAGCAUUGUUCAUGUAAAGAGGGAUAUAUUGAGUAUAACAUCCAAUGUAUUCGUGUUGGAAAGGUAGUUGGCACCACAGUAGGAGCUGGUAUUUCCGGACUUAUUAUCGGCGUUUUG